UUACAAGCAAUUGUUACAAGAAAGCAAUCAGUAUGAGUAGUGAACCUCAAGCUAAACGUACCAAAAUGAGUGCAUUAGAUCAACUUAAACAAUUUUCGACUGUUGUGGCUGAUACAGGCGAUUUUGAAGCUAUGAAAGCCUAUAAGCCCACUGAUGCUACCACAAACCCAAGUCUCAUUUUGUCUGCUGCUGGUAUGGAACAAUAUCAGCAUUUGCUUGAUAAAGCUAUUAAAUAUGGCAAGGACUGUGGAGGAUCAAUCGAUGAACAACUAGGUGAAACAUUAGACAUGUUAAGUGUUUUAUUUGGAUGUGAAAUACUUAAAAUUAUUCCUGGAAGAGUAUCAGUUGAGGUUGAUGCCAGGUUGUCCUUUGAUAAGGAUGCUAGCAUGGCCAAAGCGAUCAAGUUAAUUACAAUGUUUGCAGAACAUGGCAUAAAAAAGGAAAGAAUUUUGAUCAAGCUGGCAUCAACUUGGGAAGGAAUUCAGGCUGCCAAAGAGCUUGAGAAAAAACAUGGAAUUCAUUGUAAUUUGACCUUGCUCUUUUCUUUAUACCAAGCAAUUGCCUGUGCCGAGGCUAAUGUGACAUUGAUAUCGCCAUUUGUUGGAAGAAUCUUGGAUUGGUAUGUUGAGCAUACAAAGAACACAUAUGAGGCAAAGGAUGAUCCAGGCGUAGUAUCUGUUACUCGUGUCUUUAAUUACUACAAGAAGUUUGGUUACAAGACUCAAGUAAUGGGUGCUUCUUUCCGUAACACUGGUGAAAUAAGGGAACUGGCUGGUUGUGACUUACUUACAAUUAGUCCUAAACUUUUACAAGAGCUAGCCAAUAGUGAACAACCUCUUAAAAAGGCUCUAGACGCCAAAGUCGCUGCUCAGUGCGACAUUGAAAAGAUAUCUUUGACUGAAUCUCAAUUCCGUUGGCAUCUGAACGAAGAUCAAAUGGCUACCGAUAAACUGUCCGAAGGUAUCAGAAAGUUUGCUGCAGAUACCAGAAAGUUGGAGUCACUCAUUAAGUCAUUGCUGGCAAAGAAGUGAAACGAUGAAACUGAAUAGUCACGUUUACAGUUAACAGCAUAAAAAUUAGAUUAUUGCAAAAAUUUGAGUGACAAAGUACAACUUGUUGUCUUCCAACAUAUUAUUAUGCCGUUAUACAAGUUUAUACAAAAUUUAUUACAAUUUAAGUGAAAUGUGUAUUAUAAGGGUAUUUAAUAUUUUUAUACAUUCCCGGUUUUGUUAUAUACACUUUUUCAGGUGAUGUUAUUUUAAAAUAAAAAAAAUAGUAGAA